UUUUCAGAACCAUACGGACUCACAAAGAGAUCGUAUCCUUACAUGGUGCUACCGCAAGCUUUCCACCGUAAAGUGUUACGGUCGAAUGAACGUGCGGCAACGGUCGGGCUGCAGGCUGGGUGUCCCCAUUUUACUCGACACGUCUAACUUCAAACAACUGGAGUAUAUAAUGGGAAAUAUGCCACUCUAGUAACGACAACAUAAUGACACUGCCUCGGCGAUGGAUCGUGUUGCUAGCCCGAACAUACUGGGCAUUUAUUGCUCUGGGAACAUACAAAGCGUUAGCAGUGUUCAUUCCACUUUGGGUAGAUGAAUUAUCCACCACCACUACGAGUGCUGGUUUCGUCUGCAGUAUGUCGAUCGGACUAGGCGCCAUUUCAGUGCCAUUGGUUGGAGCCUUCAUGCCAAUGCUGGGUCCACGAAUGAUCACCAUGGUUGGAGGAGCAAUGGCUGCUUUUUGUUUGAUGGCGGCGUCAUUUUCACCCUCUAUUCUCCUUCUGGGGUUCUUGUUUGCUUUGUCAAGUAUUGGGCAGGCUGCAACGCAGUUGGCCUCUGCUAAAGCCGUUAUGGACUAUUUUCCAGACAACUUUGCUGCAGCAAACGGCGUUUCCCUUUCCGGAGGGCCUCUUGGAAUGAUGAUACUCCCACCAGUAACGGAAUAUAUUGUGUCAGUUUACGGAUGGAGGGCAGCUCUCUGCCUGUUGGGGGCAUUUUCUUUCAACUAUACUGUAUGUGGUGCUCUGUUUCGACCACGAAGAGUGUCGUGUCCGACAUUCUAUAGUGUGCUGCCGAAUCAAACUGACACAGAUAACACGUCAAUAACUUCAAAGGAAGAAGGCAAACGAGAUGUUAAAUGUGGAGGUAGUCUGACAAAGAAAAUGUUGAAUAUUGUGCAUGAACGAUUCGACACAAAUAUACUCACCCAAGAUAUGUUCCUCGUUUAUCAGCUUGUGACUAUCUUGUGUGGCGCCCUCUUUAGCAGUUGGCACUUAUUUGUAAUUCCUCAAGGCAUAGAGCUUGGAUUUGGCGAAGUGCCCUCCGCGGUUCUUGCAACAUUCGGGGGCAUUGGCUCCCUUGUGGGACGUUCCGUUCAUGGCCCUUUGGUUGACUACGGUCUAAUCAAAUCUUCGACUCUUUUUGUGAUAUCGAGCCUGGUGUUCGCGGCGUCUACCCUCACCAACCCGCUAGUAGUGCAAUCCUAUUUCGCCCUAGCAUUUCUGUGCACAAUAGCUGGGUUUGCUAUGGGAAUCUUGUACCCGAUGAUGUUCGUGCUUGUGCGUGAAGUUACCGGGGACCAGCACCUUUCAGCUUUUAGUUGGUUAUUCGUAUCUUUGUCUGCUGGCGAACUCGCUGGGGGAGUGCUCGCUGGAUGGAUUCAUGACCUCACAGGGGCAUACGAGCCUGUCUUUGUGACAAUUGGAGGCAUGGCAGUAAUUACAUCGACCUUGGUAGCUUUCACACAAUGUGUAAUCUCAUGUUGUCGACCUGAAAACAAGUGACUGCCUCUUAAACACGAAUUUUACCCAAGUAUGACGUCCUGGUCUAUUAAAACUUGGUCUCGGCUAAGUCACAACAACCCUACAUUCAGUGAAGUUCUACGCGCGAUUGAAAUUGUACCAUCAACAUCUGCAGAAUGAUCCGUAAAGAACGACGUUUGAAGUAGUAUCCGUUAAUAGAGUUGUCAAGAUCAAUAACAUGUAACAAACCUAUCACGUUCACGUUUUCUUUAUUCGACAAACAAAAAUACCCUUCUACCGCCUGAGAGCGUUAUAACCGCUGUAAAUACCACAUUACUCACAUUGCCUGUGACUAUUGAUAAUUAAGUCUACAUUUUCUUAGAUUAUAGGCCUACCAUCAAAAUUUUUGAUGGACAGUUUUAAAGGAAGGUGAUUCCAGAGAAAGAACGAAGAUCAAGUAAAGAUAAAAAUUUUAGAUUAUCCUUACCAUUAAAGCCUUUGGCACUUGAUGUAUCCCUGACGCCACCAGCUACUGCCACGACAGGUGUUGACAAACAAAACAAGCGUGGUCCACUUUAAAGGAAUGUCAAUUUGAGGACUGUCUUCCAUUGCUGCAUAAUUUAUAAAUAUUAAGCAAAUAAUCAGUCAUGCUACUUGUGUUCGUGACACUGGCAUAACUAAAUAGGGGCAGGGUGAGGAUACGCUCCCUUAUUCGGGGCUUGAACUCCCGCGUGCCUCCUCGAAAAAAUCUGGCAAUAGCCUGCAUUUGUUUAGUGUUUUAAGUGUGGCUCAACGACAAGACUACAGCGGCGUAGCCAAGGGAGGGCCUGGGGGCACUCCCCCCACAAAUUCCCAGUGCUCCCUCCCAGGUGCCUUUCCCCGCUACAAAAAAGGCUUACAGAAACUCGCCCCAAAAACCACACCACUGAAAGUUGGUGCCCCCCCCCAUAAGAUGUUGAUGCCCCACUAGUAAAAUCCUAGCUACGCCAGUGCAAGACUACGUUAGGCAUUGAUUUAAAAUUCCUUAAAGGCGUCCCCAGACGAGAUUCUAGAUGACUACAACCCUUGUCAUGAAAGUGGUGCUAUUGAUAUCACACAGGGCAUAGUAAACCAUCUCUACGAAUGUCAGCCAUUGGCCAUGAAUGUUAUAUUAAAGAACAAUUAUCAGUGUCAAGAAAUACAAAUUACGGGAGUCAUGUCAUGAAAUAUUGCAAAGAAAUGUUAUCAAUAGUAGCUUGCAUUUUGUAACAACCAACAUUUUACUAAACUGGAUUACAGUAACUGUAAUCGAACAGAAUUUGCACUCCUCUUCUAGACAGCGUUUCACCGAUUCUGCUGAUUUAAUGCUAAUUACGUUGACCAGACUAACAAAUUACAUGUAACAAACAAUAUUGAUUUUAACGCUGAAGCCUGUUCUCUCUCAACAUAGCUAUUGGUACUGUGCCCUGUAUAUCGUACUUUCAACGUGUUUAAUUUGACAUCCUUGACAACAAAGUAUAUUACUCCUGUUGCAGUCGCUUCUGGUGGGUACUGGAGAUCCCACAUCCUAUUGCUCUCUCAUUCCAAUCGCUUCUCCUUUGGAUCUUUUCUGUCAAUGAAAUAACCAUUUAAUCAUAAUGUGGUAAUCCAAUUAAAUAACCAAGCAUUUUCUAUUAUAAUCUAUCAUAAUCAUAAUGUAAACCAUGUUCCAUAAUCUGUCGCUAGAGGCAAAAUAGCCAUAGGCCUAAGAUAUCUGUGUAUAGGUAAGACAUCCAGUCACUAAAACGUUUGUUUCUACAGAAUUUUGGAGAGUGUUAAAGAGAUACUUGUCUUACCUCCUUUUUAAGUGCUAUUGAAUGCACUCAGUCGUUGGGAAGUCCAAAAAACUCUUCACAAUCUGCUUUGAUUUUGCCAACACCACAAAAUGUGUGUGGGGAUGAUUCAAUAGCCCACCUCUCCCCCUCAAAAACUCGAGUGAUAUAUACCCCCAUCCCCCGGGAUUUACGCCCAUGCCUACCAUAUGGCAAUCUUCACUAUUAUGGCAUAAGUUACCAGAAGGUAAGCAGUUCCAUUUAACCUUGUUCAGGUCUUCCUUCAGUUUAUGUUCAAAUGCACGGAUAUCCUCCAUAGACAUGUAAAUCCACUGGUAUGUCCAGCAGAACAUCUCAGGCUUCGUCCCCGAAACCAAUUCCCGACUAUGGGCCUGAAGCGUUCAAAUCGAAUUGGAUUACAGUAAG